AUGGAGAAAGACGUACCGUUUGCCUCCCGGGCCUUGGAAUUUGUCAAGAGCAGAGAAGAGAGAGGUUUUCAAUUCUUUCUUGGUAUGAAGGCCCUGAAGGCAACAUAUGAUCCACAUCCAGACCCGCUUAUCCAAAAUUUAGAAAGAGAACAAAGUGGCUGCAGGAUAAGCACAAUAGCACUUUCUCAAUGGCUACGCUUCAAGGUUCAAAGUGAACUUAAUGAGGAAGACAAUCAUGGCGUAUCAGAAAAUUUAAGGUGGCUAGCAGCUGGUCCAAACAUGGCAGUGCCAUUAUAUAGGAGCUAUCUCAUUAAAGGUAUUAAAUUCAACAUCAAGGCACAAGAUGAUGUGCGGACAACUCAAAAUAGUGGAGUUUAUUUACUUGCACAUACUAUGCAAGUUGCUAGUGCCAAGGAUAAAAACCCAAUUCUCUCAAAUAUGGGUUUCUAUGGUGUCAUUCAAGAAAUUUGGGACCUUGACUACCAAAAGUUUACAAUCCCAGUCUUUAGGUGUGAUUGGAUUGAUAAUACUUCUGGUCUUGUAGUGGACGAACUUGGAUUUACCCUUGUAGAUUUGAGUAAAAUUGGACAUAGGAAUGACCAAUUUGUUUUGGCUUCUCAAGUCAAACAAGUAUUUUUUGUUGACGACCCGAUGCAUCGUGGUUGGUCGGUAGUGUUAUCAAUGCCUAAUAGAGAAUAUAAUGAUGUUAUUGGUGAUGAUGUCUUAGGUGAUGUGAGAAUUGAGUGUGAGCCAUUUACUAGGGGGAUGCCAAAUGUUGACACAUUUGAUGAAGUGGUGGUUGAGUUAGGGAGUCAAAAUAUUCGAGAUGGGUGUGAAGAUAUAUGGGUUGAAUGA